AACAAGCGCUCCCAUAAAGCCAUGGCUUGCUCUGGAUUCCAGAGUCAUGGGACUUGGCGGACUUCUCGGACCUGGCCCUGCACUGCCCUGUUUUUUCUUCUCUUCAUUCCUGUUUUCUCUAAAGGGAUGAAUGUGACCCAGCCUCCAGUGGUGCUGGCUAGCAGCCGGGGUGUUGCCAGCUUCACAUGUGAAUAUGAGUCUUCAGGCAAAGCUGAUGAGGUCCGGGUGACAGUGCUGCGGAAGGCAGGCAGCCAGGUGACCGAAGUCUGUGCUGGGACCUACAUGGUGGAGGAUGAGCUAACCUUCCUGGAUGAUUCCAGUUGCAUUGGCACCUCCAGAGGAAACAAAGUGAACCUCACCAUCCAAGGGCUGAGGGCCAUGGACACUGGGCUCUAUGUCUGCAAAGUGGAGCUCAUGUACCCGCCGCCCUACUACAUGGGCGAGGGCAAUGGAACCCAGAUUUAUGUCAUUGAUCCAGAACCAUGCCCGGAUUCUGAUUUUCUCCUCUGGAUCCUGGCAGCAGUUAGUUCAGGGUUGUUUUUCUACAGCUUCCUCAUCACAGCUGUUUCUUUGAGCAAAAUGCUAAAGAAAAGAAGCCCUCUUACUACAGGGGUCUAUGUGAAAAUGCCCCCAACAGAGCCAGAAUGUGAAAAGCAAUUUCAGCCUUAUUUUAUUCCCAUCAAUUGA